GAGGUUUAUGAAAAAACUUGUCCAUUAAAUAUGUUUAUUGCACAAAUAAAAAAUUUUAAAGAAAACAGCCAAAGAUUUUCAACUUCUGAUUAUUUAACAGAUAUUGUAACAGAAAAAAAUGAAGCACUAACAAAUAUUGCUUGCUCUGUUUACAGAGGUUAUACAUAUUUAACUCCUCGGGAUGAAGAAAAGCGUAGAAAUUUUUGUGAUUAUUUAAAUCUUUGGCUCGAUGAACAAAAAAGCAUACAUAUGAAGGAUAAAAAUGAAAUAAGUGAUCAUCAAUGGAAAUAUAUCGAAAAAAUAUGGGAACGUUUAUCACAAGGAGAAAGAGAUCGAAGCCCCGUAUGUAAAAGACAAAAACAAGAAAAAAAUGCAUCAGAAAUUAAAAAGAGGAUGAAUUUGAUGGUAUAUUGCGUAAAUAGGAAUUAUUUUAAAGAUUUAUGCGAAAAAUCCAUAAGUAGGAAAAAUAAAGUUAAUCAAACAUGUUCAUUAUUUUCUGAAUUCACAAAUAAAUAUUAUGCAAAUUUUUAUGAUGAAAAUAAAUGUUUUGAUUAUCCGCUUGGUACUGACAAUUAUGGGUAUUAUAUUUCUGAAGAUUGUGAUUUAAAUAAUAUAGCCAAAACAUUCCCUAAAUUUGAUUCAAAUAGUCAAACUAUUUUAGAAAAUGAUAAUGUAAGACCAACUAUAAACAAAUGCGGAACACCUCCAGAUAUAGAUGGGAACAAUGAACAUACUGAGGAUGAUGCUGAUGUUCUCCAAGAACCUUCUGAACCAGAUAAUGCACUUGAUGAGUCAGAAGAUGGUCUUGCUGAAUCAAAAUUUCGUCACCCUCGACAAGAAGUUAAUCCUGAUGACCAUCCAGUCUUAUUUCAUCUACCAUCGACAGAUGCGAAUUUAACCGAAAAUGGACCUUCAAAACCUAUCUACUAUGCUGGAUUAUCAGUAUCAGGAGUUUUUUUCACUUCCAUGGUUUUGUAUAAAUACACAGCCCUUGGACCACUCAUCCGUUCUUUAGUAAGUAAAAAGGAAAAAUUAAGGCAAACUACUAAUAAACAUUUAGCUGAACAGUGGCUGCAAAGAACAUCAGAAUAUAUGGAUUCUAAUUCAGAAAAUUCCCACUAUAAUUUUCCUUAUCAUUCUAUGCAAAAUUAA